AUGGCCGCCGUCGCUCCAAUGGACAUGGAAGAGACCAAGUUCGACCCUACUUCGAUCUCACUCAAGUGCACCCUCUGCCCCAAGCAACCAUUGUUUUCCGAUGUCUCUCACCUGCUCACACAUUGCUCGUCCAAGAGUCAUCUGUCCCACCGCUUCAAGACAGAAAUACGGGCACGUCACAACGAUGCGGCGAGGGAGACCAUACAACAAUACCUCAAAUGGGAGGAAACCAGUGGUAUUCAUGCGCUUCUUGAGGAACGGCUUGAAGCAAAGGAAAAUAAGAAACCCGCAAAGCGUGGUCGGCCGGCCGGCACAGCUAAUAGGCCCAAGGCUUUUCAGAAUCGGGAUGACUUGGUCAAAAACGAGCCGGCUGGCGAGCAGCUAGACCACACACCCGUCUUGGCCCACUGGAUUACAGACCCGAACAACGCAUCCUUCCAAUUUCACAAUUUGCGCCACGGUCACUCAUACCUGGACCCUCCCGCUUUUCAAUCUCCUCUUUUGAAAUGUCCACGCUCUGACUAUUCUGCCCCGGACACACCCGAAAACAUGUUUGCGAGCAAGUACACCAGAUGGCCUUCCGAGACUGCGACCUCGGACAGUAUCCUCCCCUCCUCUGAGGUCACGUCUGAAAUUACAGAGUUUGACGAGGAGGACGACGAAUCCAGCAAGCUCAAGGGAAUCCGGUAUCCCGGCAUGGGUCUCUUUGAUUCCGCCAAUGAGCAACAGAAGCGCAAGCGCAACCAACGCAAGGACGAGUCUGUCUUGAAGCUGAUGGAGGAGGCUUCAACCACUAUCGAACAGAAGGAGGUCAUCUAUAAUGAAGACUGGACUUUUCAGCGUGAGCGCGAUGUUUACGCUAGCCCCUCGGACUAUGAGGGCAGUCCAGACCGUGAGCUGGAAGAGGCCGAGAACCACAAGAAGAAGCGCAACCGUCGCGCUCCCACCUUGACCAACGCGAAGCCGCGCGCCACUCGUUCUUCUGCGAGAAACAAGGCAGUCGCGAAGGCAAAGUCGACCCGCGAGGCGGCCCUGUCCAUUGAGCAAGAUGAGAGCAUUAGCCAGAUCUCGGGUCACAGCCAUGGAGCUAUGGACAGCUAUGAUGUCUUCCAUGAUCCCCCGCAGCGCAGUCCUCACCGUACUGGCAGCCCUAUGGGAUCCUUCUUCGAGCUUCGUCAGCGCCCAGCCUUAAAGAUGCUCCCUUCGAACGGACCUCUGCCCUCCAAUGCCCAGCAUGGAUCAUCCGGACCCAAGCCUCUGAACGGCUCACAGCUGUCGUACUUCUCGCCGCGGGAUAGUAUGGCGAACUCUUAUUCCGGGCUCCCCAGCAAUGGUCUCCUAAACAACGGUCUCCCCAGCAAUGGAUUCUUCUCGUCGCAGCAGCACCCCAGUUACAGUGGACUUAAUCCUUUGAGUAUUUCAGGCAGACCUUCCUAUAUGCAAUCGUUCAACUACAAUGGCUAUGCGAACGAGUCUACCAGGGCUCCCAACCCUUCAGCCUUUCAGCCAAUCAACCCAAUGGCCAGGAGCAUGUCGACUGCCAUGCCUUACUCAAGCUCGUAUGCCAACCCGUAUCCAGCUGAUCCAGCUCUCGAGCGCCCACCCUCCGAAUUUGAUGUUUGA